AUAGAUGUAACUGUAGUUUGUACAAAGCAAUAGAGAAGUGGAUAAUGAUUUUUCACGGAGAGUUGUCAACAAGAAGUGAAAUAAUAUAUCUAUCCCGCUCAAUCUCGCGUAGUGAGUCGACAAAAUGGCUGACUACCGCUCGAACACAGAACCGGCGCACGACUCCGCAUUCAUUCACCUUCCCUUCUUCGAGAAACUUCGCGUGCGUCUGGAUUUCCUGAUUACAACACCUGGGACUGGUUUACAGGAGAUUGAUUAAAUCUCCGUGAAAAGGGCACUGGAAAUGCUGCAAAAUGCAAUUAAUUUUUGAUACUGAAACUGAAGCGUGCAUAGACAAAAAAAUGGCAUUUAUUGAUAAAGAAUCCAUCAAUGAAAAAUUUACCGCCGAUAACAUUGUUGAAAAAUUGAGCAAUAGUAUAUCUAACGGUAGCGGCAAUAAAGAAAACAUUGGGAAAGUAGAUAAUAUUGUAGUCGAUAAUUACACUGAAAAUAAUGGUAUUGAUAGUCCCAAGAAAUCCGAAGUCAAUGGCCAAAACGAAUUAAGUGUAAAUGAAGAAAUUAGUACACCUGUUGUUGAUACAGCUUCUAGUCAAACUGCUGAAAGUGAGAGCAUAGAAAAUAUAACUGAUAAAAGAAAAGACGAAGAAUGUAUAGAAAAUGCAUCAGAUAUAGAUAAUACUAUAGAACAAUCUAAUAAUAUCGAUGAUGUAAAUAUCCACACUGAUAAUGAUCUCAAAAAUAAUUUAGAACACGAAGACCUAUCUAACGGUAACGUUUUAGAAAUUCAAGCUGAUGAAAAUAUAUGCUCAGAGGAGAAACAUGAGAAAAACACAAUAAUUGGAGAAAGUGACACUUUAAAUCCUGCUGAUUGUUCUCAAAUGGAUUCCGAUGAUCAUAAGACUGAAAUUAAUCCAGAGUCAGAUGUAAAUACUGUAGAAAACCAAGAUGAAAUACUCGAAAGCUCUUCUAAGAAAAAUGAGGAAAUAAAUGUAGAAGAUACCUUAAAGUCUGAUCAGGGCGAUGGAAAUAUUAUUUCUUUCUUGUUCUAUAAAACGAAGACAGAUACAAUAGCAACAGAAAAUGGGCUAAACACAUCAAAUUCAAACAAGGAAGUUAUGAUAUCAAAUGACAAAAAAACAUUUUGUGAAGAAGAGCAUGCUGAGACAGAAUCACAAGUUACUUCAUCGAAAGAUACUGAAGCAAACAGCGAAAAAAUGGAUAUAGAUCUAAUUAAAGAGGGGGAUAGUGAAAUGUCUAACGAGUUAAAAGAUGAUCAUGAAGAUAUGAAAGAAUGUGAAAAUCCUGUUGAAAUUGAAAAUCCGAAUGAUGCAGAAUCUAAUAGGAGCUCAAAUAUACCAACUUUACAGGAAGAGAAGACUGAAAAAGAAAAGCCAUGUAAUCUAGUUGAAACUGAAUCAAAACCGGAAAGUCAUCUUGAAAAACAAAAUGAACCGAAAAAAAUCUAUACAAAGAGCAAAUUAUCGCUGGAUAUUUUAUCCGAUGAUGAAGAUACAGUAUCAUCUAGCGAUAUUAAACUUGAAAAAACCAUUGAACCUAAUAAACAAUGUAUUAAUAUAGAGGACGAUGAUGAUGACAUAAUGUUGAUAGAUGAUGAGAACAGUACAAAACCCGAAAAUGAAAUGGGUGUAACAAAAAUAGUUAACGAACAUAAUGAAGCAAUAAUAGAAAGCAAAGAUGGUAAUAUUUUGGAAGAUAAAAAAGAAGAAUCCUCUAAUAAUACACCAACAAAUGAUCAAGAUAUCCCUUUAAAUGAAAGCAAAAUAGAUGUUAAAAAACUUGACUCUGAUAUAAUCGAUAAAGAAGAAAACAAAGAGAAAAUUUCGUCUCCAAAGCCGCUGCUGCCAACUAACUUUGUCUCUACUUGCAAGAAAAACCUCGCUGAAAUGACUCGAAGCGAUUUAGAAGAAUUUUGUAUAUUAAAAAUUGUUGAAAGUGUCGUAGACAGAGGCAAUCUUGGCGAGAUAAAGUCUCAAUUAAAGAAAAUGUCACAGAAUAUUGAGGAAUAUAAAAAUAAAACUAAGAUGCUUACGAAGCAAAAUCACGCAUUGCAAGUUGUUUUAAAGUCUGUUCAGGAAGAGUUGAAGAAAAAUACAAACGCGCCGAUAAUACCCCUAAAAAUAUCGCGCUCGGUUGGCAUACAGGUGUUAAUGUCGGAGAAAAACAAAAAGAAAACCAACAACUCUACUGUGACCACGUUAAAUAAUGUAUCAAGUCCAAGCCCUGUAAAUAAGCCUAUACGUGGCUUACCACCUCAGAUAAUUAGAUCUCCAAAACCAUCUCAACAAAAUAUUCCCGUUCCUAGAUUAAUCCCUGCUAAUGCUGUAGUAAAAAGCAAUACGACAGCCACUAACCAAAUUUCAACUGCGAAUAAUAAAACAAUAAUCAAUAACGCGACGCCUGCUGCAAAGAAAUCACCAGCACAAAGACCCGAAAAAAGGCCGUUAGUUAAAAUACCCAAUGAUACAGUUGAUUUGACUGAUGACGAACCACCGCCAAAAGUUAUAUCGAGACCUACGAACAGUCAGUCUGUUAGACUAGUUCCGUCUCAGAAUUUACUGUCACCACAACGUCCCCAACUUGGGACGCUCAUUAAUAGCCCCAGAAAAGUUUACAUUCCAAUAAGCGGAGGGCAAGGGCAGAACGCGCGGCCAAAUCAAACCUUUAUGUUAAGAACCAUCAACACACACAAUGUAAGACAUAGAGGUCCAGCACCAAUUCAAAAAGAAACAUCGUACGGAAGAACGAGCCUAUCGUUACAUCCAGCACCUUUGCCCGAUAAUGCGAAACAGUGUCAACCUCCCACCUGGAAGUUGAUACCCCCGGCUCCAGAGAUAACGCUGUCAAAAGUUGAAAAUGGCAUAGUAAUUUCUUGGAAUUUAGACAGCUAUCAUGAAGAUAAUUAUGAGAACAUAGCCAGUUACCAGAUUUAUGCCUAUCAAGAGACCGCAGCGCCGCCUAGUACGAGUUUGUGGAAGAAAAUUGGGGAUGUCAAAGCGCUUCCACUUCCUAUGGCAUGUACUCUGACACAGUUUGUGUCUGGAUAUAAAUAUUACUUUGCUGUGAGAGCAGUUGAUAUCAGAUCUCGACUAGGGCCUUUCAGUUUGCCCAGUAACAUUAUGCUCGUUAAUAAAUAAGAAAAGACUGAUAUUAAUUAGACAUAAUAAUAUAAUGCAGCGUCUGUGUGUAAAUGUGAUGGUUGUUGGAAGUGUACUUCUGAUGUAUAUUUAUAUUUUUAUGUGUAAAUUUUUGAAAUUUAAGUUUUUACUAUUAGAUAGUUAUAAUAAUUUUACUUUUUAACGAAUGUAGUCAUUUAAUGGUACAUAGUAGAUGUUAAAUGGAAAUAUGA